AUGAAUAACAGCACUCGAAUUCAUUUGCCUCCAAUUCAUGAUAUGUUGUAUACUCUGAAUUCAGAAUCAAGCAUCAACCAUCAAAAUGCUGGUACCAACGGAAAAUCGCCCUCAUCCAAUUCACCUACCUUGGCUCCUUCUGCACCGUACCCACAAGUACCUGAUUCUGAACAAUCUAAAAACAUGGUUCAAGGCCAUCAUCAUCACAAUCAAAGCUAUUAUCAUUCACCACCACAAAGCCAGCACUCAUCGGACCACUAUCAAAAGAAACCGCCAUCAACUUACAAUCAAAGGGAAAGUAUAGAGUACAUUCAUCUUAAAAGCAAAGCUCCAAUAUCACCAUCACCGAUAGAUUGGCACAGGCGAUCAGCAGAUGAUUAUCGAAACCAAAAUGGCUACACAAGUUGCUCAAAUACGGAUCAAUUGAGUGUUACCAACACGACUCUUGGUAAUCAUCAACCCACAGCUGCUGUUGCUGCUGAGCCCUUACAGCAUCAUAGAAGCCAUCACCAUGUUCAGCGUACAUCACAUACUCGAUCCUACUCAGAUCAGUUUAUGCAGCAAAACAUGCGAAGAUCUUCUGCAUCAGAAAGAAUCUUGGUACAUUCAACAUCUCCUGUCGAUCCUCCUCCUCCUCCUCGCUCCCCUUCUUCGACUUUUCGACCUUUUCAUCGACGCACUGCAUCUGAUGUAUCGUCGUUCAGCAAUAGACAACCAAGAUCCCCGAGUAACAGCAGCAGUUAUAGCGGCGAUCAACAACCACAGAAUAGACGACAUACUCAUCAUUUUCCUCCACCCAACAAAAUCAUCAGUGCCAACAGAUACAAAUGUAAUGAAUGCUUCAAGACGUUUUCAAGGCCUUCUUCAUUGAGAAUUCAUAUCUUAUCACAUACAGGUGAGAAACCUCAUGUAUGUCCUCAUCUCGAUUGUGGAAGAAGAUUUAGCGUACAAAGCAAUAUGAGAAGGCAUCUAAAGGUGCAUUAUUGCAAUGAUACCUCUCCUCAGCAACAACAACAACAACAACAACAACAACAACAGCAACAGCAGCAGCAGCAGCAGCAGCAGCAACACCAAAAUCUACAGACAAUUUCUAGUCGAUUACCAUCAUCUUAA